GCCUUCUGGGCCCACUUGCAAAUCCAAAACGUGAUUACUGGCGCCCAUGCGCUAGAAGAUCCGUAUCAUCUACAUAUCUAACUGGCACACUUGCUUACGCGCGAUGAUGAGCCGCCUCUUCGUGGCAGGUGUCCUCCUGCGCACCUGCCUCGGCAUCACCCUUCGCCCCGACGCCCAGGCUGCUCGCGAGUCGGGACCGUGCAGAGACGCAGCCCCCGGCGAGUGGUGCCACGCCGCGGCGGUGUGGGCCAAGGAGAUCGGCUUCGAGCGGCGCCCAGACUGGCCCGUGGGCGACGCCAGCCAGCGCAGCCUGUCGGACCCAGACUUCCAGGCACUCCUGCACCAGCUCGGCGAGGCGGAGUGCUCCAGGCCCUGUCCCCAGGACCUGGGGACUCGGCGGGCCGCGCGCCCGCGCUGGGGCUCCUCCAGCUCCAGAGCUCCACGGGCCAGGCGCUGGGCUCCAGGAGACUUCUGCGGUCCAGGCCUUAAGCUCCAAGGCCCAGAGCGCCUUCGGCCUUAACCACGCGCUGUUCCAGGCGGUGAUGGAGCGCAGGCUGAAGCCAAAGGUCCUGGGCGCAAGCGAGGCCCACGAGGCGAGCUGCCAGGACGCGCGGCCUGGCGACCUGUGCUACCAGGCGACGGCGUGGCUUCACGACACGGGAC